UUGUCCCCUUCCUCCUCUCCCGCUCACAAAAUCCUCUCCAAAACCCUCACAAAAACCCUACUCCUCCUCUCCCAUGGCGAUGGCGUACUCCCCCCUCUUCUUCUCCCAGUAGUAGGAGAGAACCCGACGCUUUUGGAACGCAACCCUAGGGUUUCCUCUCGCUCAUCCACCUCCGCUCGCAAAUGGCCUUCUCCACCGUCCUUCGCCUCACGUCCGCCUCCCUCUCCCGCCUCCGCCCUCCCAUGGCCCUCCUCUUCCCCUCUUCCCUCAUCGCCUCCCGUCGCUGCGCCAUUUCCGACAUACGCUUCCUCUCCGUCGCCGCGAGCCCCCGCCGGAGAGGGCCCGUGCGGACGCUAAGGGCGCGGCGGGGCGGCAGGGAUGACGAGACCGCGGGCGAUGGAGGGGCGAAGGGGAGCAAGGGGGACGACGGUGGAAAUGGGGGCGUGAUGGUGAAGGAGAGGAGCGGCGGGGUUGGCGGCGAGGGAAGGGUUGUUCCAGCGGAGCUACAUAAGGAGGCGACCGAGGCGUACAUGGCCUACGCCAUGUCAGUGCUUCUAGGCCGCGCCUUGCCGGAUGUUCGCGAUGGGUUGAAACCGGUUCACCGGAGGAUAUUGUUUGCAAUGCAUGAGCUGGGUCUUGCAUCUCGUAGGCCUUUCAGAAAAUGUGCUAGGGUUGUUGGUGAGGUUUUAGGCAAAUUUCACCCCCAUGGAGAUACUGCAGUUUAUGAAUCCUUAGUGCGAAUGGCACAGGACUUCUCAAUGCGCCAUCCGCUUAUUCGAGGACAUGGAAACUUUGGAUCAAUUGAUGCUGAUCCUCCUGCCGCAAUGCGUUACACAGAGUGCAGAUUGGAAGCGCUCGCUGAAGCGAUGCUCUUAACUGACUUGGAACUGAACACUGUGGAUUUUGCUCCGAACUUUGACAAUUCGCAAAAAGAGCCUUCUGUUUUACCCGCUCGUAUUCCAACAUUAUUGUUGAAUGGUUCGUCUGGAAUUGCGGUUGGGAUGGCAACAAAUAUUCCUCCUCACAAUCUUGGGGAGCUUGUGGAUGCCCUUUCUGCUUUGAUUCAAAAUCCUGAAGCAACACUUCAAGAACUGCUGGAAUACAUGCCUGGACCUGACUUCCCAACUGGAGGAUUAAUUAUGGGAAAUGAAGGAAUCUUGGAAGCCUAUAGAACUGGGCGAGGCCGCGUAAUUGUUAGAGGAAAGACUGAGGUUGAAAUGAUUGAUGAAAGAACCAAACGCGAUGCCAUUAUAAUCAAAGAGAUCCCUUAUCAGACAAAUAAAUCUGCUUUGGUGGAGAAAAUUGCUGAACUUGUGGAAGAUAAGAUAUUAGAAGGUAUAAGUGAUAUUCGUGAUGAAAGUGACCGUUCUGGGAUGCGUAUUGUCAUAGAGUUGAAACGAGGUUCAGAUCCUUCGAUAGUUCUCAACAACUUAUUUCGUCACACUGCUCUUCAGUCAAGCUUUAGCUGCAACAUGGUAGGUAUUAUAGAUGGGCAGCCAAAGCUGAUGGGUUUGAAAGAAAUUCUUCAGGCUUUUCUUGACUUCAGAUGUUCAGUAGUUGAAAGGCGUGCAAAAUAUAAGCUUUCUCAAGCACAAGAAAGAAAACAUAUAGUCGAGGGUAUUAUGGUGGGCCUCGACAAUUUGGAUGCUGUAAUUCAUAUAAUUAAGGGAACCUCAAAUAAUACUAUGGCGAUUGCUGCUUUAGUGAAGGAAUAUGGUUUAUCUGAGAAGCAAGCUGAAGCUUUAUUAGACAUAACCUUAAGGAAGUUGACUUCUCUUGAGAGAAAAAGAUUUGUUGAUGAAGCCAAAUCUUUAUCUGAACAAAUUUCUAAGCUAAAUGAGCUUUUGUCUAGCAAGAAGCUCAUGUUUCAGCUUAUUGAACAAGAAGCAGUUGAUUUAAAGAAUAGGUUUGGGACGCCACGCCGUUCAUUAUUGGAGGAUUCAGCAAAUAGUCAACUGGAGGACAUAGAUGUCAUCCCUAACGAAGAAAUGCUUUUAAUCCUCAGUGAGAAAGGAUAUCUUAAGAGGAUGAAGCCUAACACCUUUAAUCUACAACAUCGAGGUACUAUCGGGAAAUCUGUUGGAAAAAUGCGAGUAAAUGAUUCUAUGUCUGACUUCAUUGUCUGUCAUACACAUGAUCACAUCCUUUAUUUCAGUGAUAAGGGAGUAGUUUAUUCUGCUCGUGCUUAUCGGAUACCAGAAUGCACUAGAACUGCUGCUGGCACUCCAUUGAUACAGCUGUUAUCAUUGUCUGAAGGAGAGAGAAUAACAUCCAUUAUUCCUGUUAGUGAAUUUGGUGAAGAUCAAUAUCUACUGAUGCUUACAUUGAAUGGGUAUAUCAAGAAAGUGCCUCUUAAUGCUUUCUCGGCAAUUCGAGCAACAGGGAUCAUUUCGAUUCAACUGGUCCCUGGUGACGAACUUAAAUGGGUCCGUCGCUGUGCAAAUGAUGACCUGGUCGCAAUUGCUUCCCAGAAUGGGAUGGUCAUAGUUAACUACUGUAAUAAGCUUCGUGCAUUUGGAAGAAGAACAAGGGGUGUGAUAUCCAUGAGGCUGAAGGAGGGGGAUAAGAUGGCGGCGAUGGAUAUAAUACCCGCAGCCGUGCAGAAAGAUCUGCAGAAGCUGACUGAAAGUUCUGGCAACAGGGGUAGAGAUCUUGGCCCACCAUGGCUUCUUUUUGCGUCUGAAAGUGGUCGAGGAAAGCGUGUUCCUCUGAGUGCAUUCCGACUAUCAAUGUUUAAUAGAAUGGGCUUGCGAGGUUACAAGCUUCCGCCAGAUCAUCGUCUUGCUGCAGUAUUUGUUGUUGGGUUUUCAUUAGCAGAAGACGGUCAAAGUGAUGAACAAGUGGUUUUAGUUAGCCAGAGUGGCACUGUAAACAGAAUAAAGGUUAGGGACAUACCUAUCCAAUCACGUUCUGCGAGGGGGGUGAUUCUGAUGAGAUUGGAGCAUGCCGGGAAGAUUCAGUCUGCUUCUUUGAUUUCUGCUGCGGCAGUUGAUGUUGUUGCCGAUGACUGAAGAUGCUCUUCUACAUACGGAAAGUUUUGGAUUUAUUAGCAGUGAAGAAGAAUUCCUCCAGAGAUUGGAUGUUAAAUAUGAAGUUACCUAUCCUCUUCGACUAACUUUUGCUGCAUACAGUUGGAGAGGGAAGAAGAAUAUAGUAUAGUAAUUCGGUGGAAACCCAGUGAAGGUGCAGAGCAUUCCAUAUGUGACAGGCUAUUUGCCUCCAAAGAUUCGUUGUUCCGUAUGGUAUGGUCUGGCCCCCACUAACCUUCACAGACAAGGAAUUUUCAUCAUCUGAGAUUUGACGCAGAGGUAAUCUGUUUGUGAAACGUUUUGAAGGAUGUUUGUGAAAAUGUCUGCAGCAUUUAUUUACAAAUAGGGCUGAUCUGUUACUGAUCAAUUCGAACACCGUUCCAAUUGUUGUAGAACUAUGGUCGAGAAUUCUUGUACUGUGAUUGGCAUGUAGUUCAUUUGAAAGUAGCAUUUAGUCGCAAAUUCUAUUCAUGCCAUUUAACCAA